GAUCUGCAUGGAUGCAUUUGUGGCAGCUGGAUAUUAAGGCUAGGUUCACAUCUGUGCGGGUGGUGCCGCUGUCGAUCCGCACAAAAAUCCAUACAACCGCACCACCCACACAGAGAAAUGCGGACCCGCGGGUGGGUGCCUUUGGUUCUAAUGGUACGCCGCCUGCACUGGAAAACGCAACCGUACUGGGAACAGAGGUUCCCGUGCGGGCUGCGUUUUUGGAAGAAGUUCAGGGACUUCUUCCCUGCGUGUCACGGGGCACGGGUGUCCAUUCAAAUGAAAAAAACACGGCCCUCACGGCCGCGGGCGGACUGACCAUUUGGAAACUC